UGUUGAUAUCACAAAAAGUAUCUGCUGGGAGAUUCGUGCAUCUCAGUUCAAAUUCGUGGCUCGUCUCCGUUACAACGUGCGUAUGCGACGCGGUGACACGGUGAUUUAUUAGCGAAUUGCUAACGGAACAUUUAGCGUUCGUCGUUAAUAACGUUAGUGCGCGUUGCGGCAAGGCAAUUGGUGCCUUUCUAGAUAGUCGAAAAUAAAAAGUGCAUAUAUUUUGUGGACCCUUAUUUGUGCCAACUAACCAGAAAUAGUUAUAAAGCAAACAGUUAUGUUGCGUGUAGCUGAUUCAGCGCUGCCUGCUCUACCGGAAGCUGUUCGUGCUCUAUAACAAUAUUUUGCGUGACUGUGGCACAGCUUUCAAAAUCUGACAACACAAACACAGGCGUACAAGCGGGUGCGCGCGCGUGUAUGUGUGUGUGUGAAUGCGUGAAAGCGAAAAUGUUUAUCGUGUAAUUUUCGGGGCGAAAAGGAAAAGUAAUAAAACCAGCAGAAGUCAAUUGGAAAGUUUCACAUUUAAAUAGGCGAAAUUCGUUUUAUUACAGCCGAAGGCAUACAGGUCGCCCAGCAGCUGCUUCCAUCUCAAGUGCUGUGCGUGUGUGCGUACUGUGGCUUGUAGAGUAGCUGUGCUUGCUAACGGUGUAGGCGCUGUGUCGCCGCGAUAUGGACGCGUCUAAAUUCGUUCGACUUGGGCGCCUUUGAAGUCAGAAGCGUGUGCGAUUCUCGUUUGCGUAAAAAUAAACACGCGCCAAAGCAGCGGAGAGCGCGUUAGCUGGCAGCUUUGCUGGUUGAUGUAAUGAAAUUGGGCCACUCGUGGGGCAAAUGGUGAAUAAUGUAAAAAACUACAACAAAAACAAAUAUAAAUAAAUAAAUGUAAAAAAUAAAAAUAUAAAUAAAAAUAGUAUCAGGUAAAGGCAGCCGUUAGAAGAAAAAGUGAUAGCAAAAAAAAACAAUCAGUUACGAAGCUAAGUAGACAAACAACAACAAUAACUAAAAUACGUUAAUUUAUAGUGUAUAGCAUAGUGUAUCAAAAAGGCAACAAACUCAAAAUCAAAAAGUCUCUACCGUUAAACAGUUUGGUAAUAGUCCUUGAAAGUGUUUGAAAUCAGCAAAUAAAACACAAACAUACAAGCAACUGUGUAUAAAUAUAUCCCCAAACAACCGAAUUGUGGCCAACAAAAACAACAACGGCAACAACUACUAUUACUUUAACACAUGUGUUGUGCCGUCAGAGUUAGUGCGCCUUUCGGUCUCCUAAGUGUUUUGAGUGACUGCAAAUAAAAAAAUAAGUGCAGAUAAAGUGCCACAAGCAAAAAAAAAAAGCAAAAAACAACGAGCAAAAAGCUAAGCAAAAAAAAAAGGUGAAAAGAAAUUUGCGAGCCAGCUGUCAGACCUGUGUAAAUACAAUCUGGUCGAAUUUUGGCAGUAAGCAUAUAAACACACACGUAUAAACAUACAUUCAUAUGUCACAUAUGUAUGUAUAUGUGCAUGCCACUUGGCGUUCGACCCAUUUACCGUAUUUGCUUAGCGCUAACCGACAUUUCUGUUGACAGAAAAACAGCAAGAUAAACUUCGCCGAAGAUCAACUUAGCCUAUGUCUUAUUCUUGCAACAAACCAUUAAUAUCCGUUACACAAAAAACAACAAAAACAAAAAUAUUAAAAAUUUAUAAUAAAAAAAAAUUUAAUUAAUAAAAAAAAUUAAUUUUUUUCAUAGUAAUUCAGGCGCCGCUUCUUGGCAUUUGUCAGCGUCAAUAAAAUUCGCAUUAUAAUUUGUUUGCAACAUUGCUGCAACAAAGCGAAGUGUAGCUGUUGUUGCUGUCGCUAGUGCAGAGUGUUUGAUGUUGAAUAAUUGGCGCAGCCACCACUGACCGCAUGCAAUAAUUUCAAUUUAUCACAAUUUGCGUGCGUGAGUACAGCGGCGUGCGCGCCAAGCGAUUAGUGCAGUGACCAACUGGCCGAUUGUGGCACAAGCAGUCAGUCAAAGUGGCUAAGCGAAGCGCUUUUGUAGUGGUGCUCAACGAAAGUGAAAUUAAUAGCAAAUAAAUUAUAUACCACAACUACAAGCAAAACAACAACAACAACAACAACAGUGUUGAUGGUUUCACAGUCAAGUGUAUAGUGUAUUUGAUUUUUGUGAACCUUGGUGCGGCACAUUUAACGGUUGAACAAUCGCAAGGAUCGCCAGAAGGCACGACCUUGCUCGAAAAUGUGAGCGUAAGCGUGACAGUUGAAAUACCGAGCGUAAAUGUUAACCUGAAAAGAGAAAAAAUAAAUACAAAAAAACAAUACUUAAAUAAGGGGAAAACAAGGUGGAGUGAGGACUCGCAUGAUAAAGCAAACAAGUAAAUAAUAAAAAACCAACAACAAUAAACAUUAAUAGCGUGUAUUUUAAGUGCUUGUAAGCGAACACACACACCAACAAACCAACAGCACUGCAGCGUCUGCAUGCAUAUUUACCGCUGAUUACAGCAAGGCAAACAGAAAAAAUUACAAACCAAACGAAGGAAGGUGAAAGCAACAAGAAAUUAAAUAAAUGCGAAACAACAACAACUACAAUAAGUACUUACAAAUAUUUGGCACGAAAAUAAAAUGUUAUGGCAUUGCAGAGGUGCACGCAUACAGCAAAAGCUCAUUUAAAACAAAUGUUGCUGCCAACAACAACAACAAGAAUAACUGCUAUAAUAACAAUAACAAAUACAACUGUAAAUGACAUUAGUUCUUCCGGUAAGUGGUAGUGUCAGUAGUUGCUGUAAUAGCGCCAAACAAAAACACGGAAAAGAGAAUUCACGUAACAUAAAACUAAAGUGUUGCCAUACGCAGCCAAAAAUAAUAAUAAUAAGUACUUACAUCUUGAUGCCAUUGUCACUGCUCCAACGCCGAAUGUUUGAGACAGCAAUUACACACAAACAAACGCUAGCGUGCGCUAUUCCAACAGCAACGCCACAAAAACAAAACAUAUAUAGGUGGCAACACUGUAAUUAAGUGUAAUACCAAGUUUUUGCUGUCACAAACAGCAUGAAAACUAUCCAAUUACAAAAGGCAAGAAUUCUAGACGCACUGCCGACAUUCGGUCGCAUCAAAAACUAUUACACAUUCUUGCCAAUUACAACAGUAAAAACAACAAUACCAACAACAUAUCAAGAGAACGUGCAAGCAUUGCCAGUGCAACAAAAACGAAGCGAUUAAAAGUAAAAUUAAAUUAAAAAUAAAUACAAAGUAUUGUGUGUAAAGUAGCAACUAAAAAGUAAAACUACAACAACAAAGAUAAAACUCAAAAGCUACGCAACACAAGAAAUUCCGCUAAAAGUUAUCCGGUGUUGCACAUACAUAAAUGACGGAUUGCAGACUUGUGCAACAAAAUGGCAACCCCGCAAAUUUCCCAAGUCAUUAUCAAUCAAAAAUUCCCAUUUGUAAAUGCUGUUGCGCAAAUCCAAUUAACAACAACAAAAACAACAAGUACAACUACAACAAACACAAAGCUAUGUCGUCUUCAAGAGAGUCGUUGGGUGCGAAGAAAACAUUGUUGCACUGGGUUGAAGAGCAAGCACAACAACAACAACAAGAGCAGCGGCAGUACUCGUCACUCGCUGCACUGGCUUCACCUUGGUUGGAGCGAACAAUUGCUGCUGGUAUGCAUUCUACUCGCCAGCACGUGGGAUCCAACGGGCUGCGACGAGUCACAGGACUUUCAGAAAGCGAUACCUGCCAGAGUUGUUUGGGCUGCAGUUGGCAAAAGCGUCGAUUUGCUGUGCGAUCUAACGCCUCCAACGCCGCAGGACUCCGUGAAGCUGCUGUUGUGGUUCAAGGACUCUACCGGAAUACCACUUUACAGCUUGGAUUCGCGCGGUGGAAACAUCAAAUUAGCACCGCAUUCGGCCAUAGCUAGCGAUUUGGGUCAGCGUUUGUUCUUCUCCAUUGGCGAUAAUCUGAAGGACUCGCGCCUGCAGAUACGCGAUGUGAAGCCAACAGAUGGCGGCAUUUACCGUUGUAGAAUAGACUUUUUCAAUUCGCCAACACGCAACUUUAGAAUUAAUUUAACAUUAGUCGUUCCGCCCGAGGAGCCACGCAUUUUCGAUGCACAAGGCAAGGAGAUUGCCCAAAUGGCCGGACCAUUUCGUGAGGGCUAUGAACUGUUUUUAUGCUGCCAAGUUAAAGGAGGUCGUCCAGCGCCUAAAGUCACUUGGUGGCGCGAUGACGUCGAACUCAAAGGUACCAGCCACACGUCCGUGGAGGAGGGUGUCAUCGUUAUGGUGAAUCAGCUGUUGAUUGGCACCACGACCCGUGACUACUUCGGCGCAAAAAUCGAGUGUCGAGCGCAAGGCACCAAACUGAUAGCGCCUGUGGUGAAGGAUGUAACGGUGCAAGUUCAUUUGAAACCGGUGCGCGUGAAAAUCCUCACAGCCAAUGACCUGCUAACUGCCGGCCAGCCUGUGCCUUUGCGCUGCGAUUCAUGGGGCUCAUAUCCGGCAGCGAAGAUUACAUGGCUAUUGGACGGCGAACCCAUACGGAAUGCGGAAGUGACUGUGCAUAGCGACAGAGAGGACUCAAAUACCACAACCAGCAUACUCAAUUUAAAGGUAACAUCGGAAAAUGAUAAUGCCGAGCUGAUGUGUCGUGCGUCGAAUCCAUGGUUCUCCGGCAGCGCCAUCGAGGACAAGCGCAUCAUUCGUGUGGCAUAUCCGCCAAUAGUGUCGGUGCACUUAGCGAACGAGGACCCCAGUCGCUUUGUUACCAAGGCUGAGGGACAAAAUGUGACGUUCAAGUGUCGUGCAGAUGCGCGUCCUCCAGUGAGCUCGUAUGCUUGGUUCAAAAAUGGCAUGCGUAUGUCCGGCGAAAGCACCGAAAUACUACAUCUGACUCAAUUGGCGCGCGAGAGUGCUGGAGCCUACGCUUGUGGCGCAGCCAAUACGGAGGGAGAGACGCGUAGCUCCAGCUUGACGCUGAAAGUGCAAUACUCGCCCAGAUGUCGACCGGGCACCGAGCAAACGUCAAUCGGAGCGCUGAAUAUGCACUCAGUGCAGGUAAAAUGCGAAGUGGAUGCGGAUCCGCCAGACUCGGUGAAAUUCAGUUGGACUUACAACAACACAAGAAAUGUGUCGCCGGUGCUCAAUUCGAGAAUCACUUCGAAUGGAUUGGUCAGCACCGUUACGUAUCUGCCGCAAACGGACUCGGAGCUGAUAACGCUCGCCUGCUGGGCCAGCAACUCGGUGGGGCGUCAAACCAUCCCCUGCCUGGUACAUAUAUUACCAGCAAAUCCACCGGAGGCGCCAAAGGCUUGCGAACUGCGCAACGACACCGUCUUGGAAGUAGUCUGUGUGGCUGGCAAUGACGGUGGUCUCACGCAAUAUUUCCUGCUUGAAGUAAUUGGCGGCGAUCCACUUUAUGCUAACGAUGCGGGGCGUAGCUUUGCCGAUGCAAAUGUGGGCGACAACGAGCUCUCCACCAUGAAUGAUCAGGCGACGUCAGCACCGGUACUUCGCAUGCAAGAGCCGCAACCGCAAUUUCGUCUCAACAGCUUGGAGCCGGGCAGAGAAUAUCAAUUUCUCGUAUAUGCCGUUAAUGCGAAGGGACGCAGCGAACCGCCGGUCGUAAUCGAGCGUGUACGAGUGGCGGCACAAUUGGGACCAUACGACGAGUCCAUACUCUCCGAGGAUCCCACACCGGCGGAAACGACACACCAUUCAAGUGGCGGUUUGAGCGCCAGCGCCAGCGGCAGCGGUGUGGCGGCUGGGGCGGGGGCGAGCAUCAAUGCUCAUGGACAUGAGAAACAGCAGUCGCAGCUACUCAUACUGGCCGCCGUGGUGGCGAUAGGUGCCGUCAUUGUAACGUCAAUUAUCGUCGCGGGUAUUGUGGUCGUCUGCAGGCAUCGACCGCGACCACCUGAACCGCAGGAUGUGCGCAAAAGUAUGCGACCUGCCCGCAGUGAUGUGCCGUCCAUGUACAUUGAGGAGGACGCGCUGAAUGACGAAGAGGCGCUGGCCAGUACACGCUCCGCCGACAUACGUGCCGCACGCGUGCUGCCCUCGACGCUGGGGCCGCGCUGCAGCGCCAGCACAACGGGCACUCAACACCAUUACAUCUCCGAGGGUUUCAUACAGUACGCACAGCCCAGCCUCAAUGUCUACAUUACAGACCCCGACUUGAUUUUGCCACGCGGCGAAAUGGAAUUCACGACGAUGGAUCCGAUGUUGAAAUAAACAACUUGCCACCGCAGAGAAGUUGAAAACUCAACAACAGCAACAUGAAACAAUGCAUUUUAAGGAAUUUCAGUUUGCCAUGUUCUAAGAUUGAAAUUUUUUUAUGAAACAAAUUUAGCGUAAAAUCAUUAUAGUUAAAAUAAAUUUAAGUUUUAGUCCAAUUAAGAGAGCAUAGCUAGCAUAAGUUCAGAGUAUUAUAAUAAAAAAUAAAUAAAAGCAAAAAUAAAAAUGAAAUAGUUUCUAUAAAAUUUGUAAAUAUUUAACAUAGUAUGAGUACACAAAGCAAAUAUGUAAUUCUAGAAAUCAUUAUCGUUCAAAUAAACUUCGCAGUAAAAGCAAGCUAGAAAUACGGCAAAUAGAGUAAAUUGAAAAACCAUAUAUGACAACAGCUCUCUUUGCAAAAUUUAUAUUCGGUUUCUAAGGUUGGACGCUCGCUCAUAUACUCUUUCUUCGCCACUAUGCGUCCAGCCUAAGUUAUGAAUUCCAACAACAGAGUGCGGCAUGCCAGUUACCAAUCGAGUUGUUAAGAAAAUUAAAUAAUGUUCCCAAUAUUUUCGAAUAUUUAAAAAACUAAGAAAAGUUAUAUAUAUAUGAAACCUAUAAGUUUUGGAGCAAACCCAAAAGCAUUGAACUUUUAACUUCGACUUCUUGUUAAUUAUAACAUAAUAGCCGUUAUCUUUAUAACAAAAUUAAAUAUAUAACAAUUUUUUUUCAAAAAUAGUCCUAGUUGCUAAUAGUUAGGCGUAUAGGUUAAAAAGCACGUAAGCUACCAUAUAUUAAUUUAGUAGUGUUUGGGUUUAAGUUGGCAGUAGAUAUAUCUACCGUAGUUAAUGAUUUAAUAUUCGAAAAAUGUUUCUCUACAGUUUCUGGUCUAAUUUUUGAUGUCUUUUGGGGUUUUGGGGUCUACCUAAAAAAUAUUACAGUACAAAUAAAACUAAUUUUUUGAAUUUCUAGCAAAAUAAUAUUUGCUAUAAUAGUAAAUAAUUUUCAUUAUAGCGAUUAAGGACUAGUCUACCAUAGUUUCAGCGUACUUCUCUUUUAUCACUAUCGUUUGAGGUCGAUUCGUUUUGAGGUAAGAUAUAUAUCGAAUUCAAAGUUCGACAGCCACAAUCUUUAUAUAUUUUCAACAAAGAGUGUGAAUUGAAUAACAACAAAAGAUCUAGCCAGAAUUUACAAAAAAAAUUUAAGUUCCUUGGAAAUUUUUAUAUGAAUUAGAUCGCUUUUCAAAAAUAAUUUUAUUAACUGAACAUAUAGUAACUGAAUAAUCUAGAUAUUAUUCAAAACAUAAAUGUAGCGAUCUCGCUGGAUAUUUUCUAGUUCCGAGAGCCGAUUAUAAUAAUUUUAUAUACAGCUUUUAUAUUUCCUUACAUUAAUAUACGAUUAUUAUCAAGUAAUUGUUAAGCUUAAUUUAUAAGCACUAAAUAGUUAGUGAUUACUAUAUUCCAUAUAAGAGCAGUGCCAUAAAUUUAAAUUUUACUUCUAUUAGGAUAACUAAAAAAAACAUUUUAAGCCACGUUUUAUGAUAAUAUGAAGCAAACUGAAAUCCGGCCGCACUCUGUUUGAAAAAAAAAUUACCAACUGUAAAUGAUUUUAAGCCAAUAAGCGCAGUUCCCAGUUCCAGAAAACCAAGUACUUACAAGAGUCUACCAAAAAUGCAUUAUUUAAAUUAUUUGUAAAUUUACAACUAUUACACUGGUUUUGCUAUAUAAAUAAGCCUCUUAAGCGAUAGUGUGCCCAAAAUUGCAACUACAACUACAAAAAGGAUAGUUACGAAAUCUAACUAAAUGAAAAACUGUACAGUAAAGGCGUCACACACACCAACAUAUGUAUAUAUGCUAUUUCAUUGUAACCAAAAAAAAAAAAAAACAACAACAAAAUAUAUAGUAUAGUUAAAAAAUAACUCUGUAAAAACAACAACAAAGCUAACAAUUGAAAUCAAACAAGUAAAUUCAAAGAUCAAAUAGACAAAGAGAAUAAUCAAAAUCAUUUGUAAAUUAUUUCAUUUUAUAUAGCGAUUAGACAAAUAUAUCUAGAGCAUAUAUAUAUAUACAUAAACACAUACAUACAUACAUAUACAUAUGUAUAAGUUAAGUUUGGUUAAGUUUGACUAGUGUAGCUGAUGGAAAUCAAAAGGAAUUACAUUUAAGUUGAACAACGGUAAAUGAAAAUGUCGAAUUAACCGCAAAAUAUAAACAAAGAAUAUGGAGAUAAAACAUAAAUCAAAUAAAAAAUAUAAAUAAAAUUUAAAAAAUAUAUUAAAAAUGUAUGUAAAAUAGUAAAGUAUAAAAAUAAAUGCAAUUGCAACAGCAACAACAACAACAGUGUUAGUGGCAUUUAGUGUUUACGAUAGUGUAUGCAAAAUAUUAAACAAACAUAUACAUAAAUAUAUAACUUCAUAUACUCACACACACGCACACACAUACCCAUGCAAGCAGAGCUGCAGUUAAAACAAUAAACUCCGUUGGAAAUUCACAAAUUUUUGCUAAAUGUAAUUUAUUCUCUUCAAAAGUAAACAGCAUUCAAUUAAAAAUAAUAAUAAACAUUGAACCAUAUUAAACAACAGUAACAACAACAAACGAUACUCUUGUAUAAAGUUAAAAGAAUAUUAGCAAAUACUUAAAAAACAACAAUGCUGCACUGAAGCAUAACUGCUACCAACAGCUGUUAAACCUCUCUGAGACUUAGUUGCAGAAAUAACAAAUAAAACAUUAAAAAUAAAAAAUAAACAAAUAAAAUUUAAAAAAUACAAAAAACUAAAAAUAAAUAAAAUGAUAAAAAAAAUAAUAGUAAUAAAUAAAAAAAAAACUAUGUGUUUAUACUGCAGCUGUUGAGGAACUAGUUAAUAAAAAUAAAUCAAUAAAAAUUAAAAUUAAGACACGAGUAUUGAGAAUACACUGAAAAAAAUUUAUGUAAAUGUAUAAAUGUUAUUAAUAAGUGAUACGAUUGAAUUUACAGCCAUGGCAAUGCAAUAGCUACAUAUACAUGCAUAGGCAAAUACACAUUGCAUACAUACACGCAUACAUACUGAGUAACGGGAGGUGCAAAAACAGGUGUACUGAAAAAAAUCAACACAAAAAGUUUAAUUAAAAAAAUUGAAAUAAAAACACAAAACAUGCCCAUAACGGUAAACCAAAACUCAACAACAGCAAAGUGACCAACUGAUGCAACAAAAAAACAACAAAAAGCGGUUUAAGCACCGCAGAACAUAGUCAUCGGGAACUUGUAUGUCAGCAGCAUUCCUUAUAAUAUCUGCAUUUCGAUUUUGAAUAAUGCAAAAUCGUAGGCACGUAAAUAACGGUUAUCGCUGAAUUUUGCAUACUGCGCACUUUUCACAUUUUUCCUGCCUCAAUAACACACAUAUUUAUGGCGCAUACCACACAAAAAUAAUGCAUUGGAAUUUUUUAGUGCUGCCAGAUUGCUGCGUUUAUUAUUUCAAUUUCAACUUAUGCGCACUCAAAGCUAACUGUAACACAUAACGCGCAUUUAUUUAUUGUUUUUGUUUCUUAUUCAUUUUAAUGCACUAACUAUACACACUUACACAUACAGACGAACAGUAUAUUGUUUUUUUUUUACCGCGCACAGUUGGUCAUUAGUUGUGUAAUUAAAAGUGCAUCAUUACUAAUGAGUGUGUUAUAAAUAAUUACCGAAAUCGCAAUUAAAAACUCACAACAGUACUGUACACACACACACACACUGAUAAAAACACGAAAAAUCGCACAUAUACACGCCAUGCAUACACAUACAUACAUGUUUACGCAUAUCUGGUCGAUUGCAGCGGAAAUAAAUAAAUAGUAAUGGAAGCGAGUAAAUAUUAGUCGUACGUAAUGGCGAAACUUAUAAUUAAUAAAACAUCAUGGAAAAUUAUGCACAUUUCAUGAGCAGCGUGUGUUGCAUGCAUGCGCUUGCUGCAUUUGCAGGUGCUCGCAAGCAUACACCCACAAAAACACACACACAUAACUGCAGCGACUCAUAUGUAUGUAUUUGUAAGCGCAUAUACUCAUUGAGCAUUCAUUCAAACAACAAAAUAAUAAUUGUAAUAAAAGUAUAAUGAAAUUAAAUUAACGAAGACUAAAAGUAUUUGCGAGAACAAGAAAAAAGAAAACAAAAACACAAUAAAAACAAAUAAAUGCAAAAAUAAUUACAAUUAAA